CUUCGUUACAUCUUGCUUAACCUUGAAAUCACGUCGCGUACACGAACGCGCCGAUCAAAUGACUAUGACCCAAAGCCCCUUUCAAGCUCGUGUUAGGCAGCUGGCUGCUAGGUUUGACUCUAGUCCGCACAAACCGAUAUUAUCAGACACCGAGCUGCUUGAGCUCUGCCACUCCAUCCAAAUUCACGAUAAAAUAGCGGUUGAAACUGCGAGGUCAGAACCCAGGUUAUACCGUCUGGUUGUGCUAUGUAACAUGUGCGACUCGAUAACUUUUACACAAAAUCGGAUCUACUUUGAGCGCGGUCCCGCUUAUUUCAGCUGCCCUGCAUCUCGCGGCUUGCCUGGAGAAAAUCAAACAUUGGCUGAAGUCGAAGCAAAAGAUAUUGCAGAGCCUGCAGUAUUUUGUGGAAGUUAACUACAUGGCCACACAGAAGAAAUUGGGUGCGCUCCUUGGACAAUACCUUCUGGCGGGUGGUUGGAGAAAGUGCACCAUGCGCUUGCAACAAAAAUUCAUGGGGGAAGCGACAUAGCCUUGCCACCUCUGUCAUAAGCCAUACCUGUCAGAUUGCGCUGUGUUGCCAUUGGCCAUCUAUUUGUCCAGCCCCGCCGCAAUUACCCAGGUGUCAUCCCAGACGUGGAGUAGCUGGCAUCUUUCCUCAAGCAGACAUCACAACAAACUGUAGUUGCGCCGCAGAUUCAAGCCACAAUCUCACUUUCUCUCAAUCAUGGAAUCUGCUGGGCCAAACCCCAAGGUUGCGAUCCAGAGAUUGCGAAACCCAAUUACUUCGAGGCGGAGCGUUUUCC